AUGAAUAUAAAAACGAACUGUACAUACAACAAGCCACCACUGCUUUAUGGAAAACCGGGACAAUCCAACGCUACUAAUAUUGCCCAGAGUACAGUCAGGCAGGCAGCGUUCUUUGCUAGUCUAUUCCGAGGCUCUAAAGGCAGCCCUCUCACUGAUUACGACGCACUUGUUGCAGCGGUCCAACAAGCGUGGGACAAAUCCGACACUCUCGAUAUUGAGGGCAGCGCGCGAAAAGCGACCUUCGUACGAGGGCUAAAACUACCUGUCCCAAGAGCUCUGUUCGUGCGUGAGGAAUCCCAGGAGUAUGCAGAACUGGUCCAACACGCGGAAAGAAUUGACUCGAAACUAUGGGCCUGUCGCUCGAGAAGAGAUAUUUGGCAGCACUAG